AUGUCACCCAACCCAGAAGCCGUCGACGUCAGGAACGUCACAACGAUUGGACAUGUAGAUCACGGCAAGACGACGUUGAUGGAUGCACUACUGGCCGCGAACAACAUCAUAUCUUCGCGCAUGGCAGGAAAGAUCAGAUAUCUCGACAGUAGGGAGGACGAGCAAGAGAGAGGAAUUACGAUGGAGAGCAGUGCCGUCUCUCUACGAUUUACGGUCAUGGACCGGAAGGCAGACGAGGGAACCUCCCCAAGAACAUAUAUCGUGAACAUGAUUGACACACCUGGUCAUGUUGACUUCUCGAGUGAAGUCUCUACCGCGUCACGGCUGUGUGAUGGCGCUCUUGUCCUGGUCGAUGUAGUGGAGGGCGUUUGCACACAGACUAUCAGCGUCCUGAGGCAAGCCUGGCAAGAUCGACUGAAGCCUAUACUGGUUAUCAACAAGUUUGAUCGUCUCGUUACGGAGCUCAAGCUCACACCGAUUGAGGCAUACCACCACCUCUCACAGUUGAUUGAGCAAGUCAAUGCGGUCAUGGGCGGAUUUUUCGCCAGUGAACGCAUGGAGGAUGACCUUAGAUGGAGAGAAGAGCGAGAGCGUCGUCUCGCGGAGAAGAAAGAGGAGCACGCAGCGGAGGUCGACGCUAUCAUCAACGAAGCAGACGAGUUUCAAGAGAAGGACGACGAGGAUAUCUACUUUGCACCGGAACGCGGCAACGUCGUGUUCGCGUCAGCUAUUCAGGGGUGGGGCUUCCGGAUCGGCAAAUUCGCGCAUACGUAUGCUGUCAAGCUAGGUAUCAAGGAGAACAAGUUACGUACGGUGCUAUGGGGAGAUUUCUAUCUUGAUCCGAAAACAAAGCGAGUGAUCAGUUACAAGCAUCUGCGCGGACGCAAUCUGAAACCACUGUUUGUUCAAUUCGUGUUGGACAACAUAUGGGCUGUAUACGAUGCUGUCCUUCUAAAUCCGAAUCCUGACAAGGUUGACAAAAUAGUUUCUACGCUCGGCCUCAAAAUCCCGCCUCGCGAUCUGAAAUCAAAAGACACUCGUCAGCUUCUCACCUUGAUCUUCUCUCAAUGGCUCUCGCUCUCCUCUUGUGUCAUCCAAAGCAUAGUUGACGUCGUCCCGCCACCUUCCAUCGCUCAGCGUACACGUAUACCUAAGAUGCUAUAUCCCGACCUAAACGACGCGACCAUGGAGCCGAAGAACAAGCUGGAGGAGGAACUUUUCUCUUGCAAUGCCAGCUCGGACGCAUGCGUCACUGCUCUGGUGAGCAAGAUGUUUGCGAUGCCGUCCAAGGAUCUGCCGGCCAACAAGAAGAAGCCGUUGACGGCAGAGGAGAUGAGGGAGAGAGCAAAGGCAGCGAGAGAGGCGCGUAAUGCAGCGCAAGCUGCGAUCGCUAACGGUGACUCGCAGCGGACAGAAGAGCCGACAACGCCCCUGGAGCAGCUAGAAGUCAAAGACGAUGUGGAGAAUCCUGUGUAUGACGACGAGACACUCUUGGGCUUUGCGCGCAUCUACUCUGGCACCAUCCGCACAGGCGUGACAACCUGCUGCGUUCUGCCGAAGUACAACAGCGCCUUAGGGCCGACGCAUCCGUGGAACGCGCCGCACGUCGUCACCGCGCAGGUGGAGGCGCUCUAUAUCAUGAUGGGCAGAGAGCUCGUUCCGGUGGACUGCGUGCAGGCUGGGAAUGUGUUUGCCAUACAGGGAUUGGAGGGCAAGGUCUGGAGGAGCGCAACGCUGUGUGCGCCAAACGAGAGGGGCGUGGGCGUGGACGCGGAUUUGAGUCUGCUGAAGGACUGUCUGCUGAACCUCGGUGGUGUCAAUCGAUAUGCGGCUCCCAUUGUCCGGGUGGCGUUGGAGCCUGAGAUCCCGGCGGACAUGCCGAAGCUGAUACACGGGAUGAAGCUGCUCAGCCAAGCUGACCCUUGCGUGGAGACGUUCCAGCAGCAAACGGGAGAACAUGUUAUAUUGACUGCAGGAGAGUUGCAUCUUGAACGAUGUCUGAGAGACCUUCGUGAGCGCUUCGCCAAGGUGGAGAUUCAUGCAUCGGAGCCGAUCGUUCCCUUUAGGGAAACGGCUGUUAAAGCUCCUGACAUGGCACUACCGAAAAUAUCUGGCGCGAGACGGGGCACGAUCCAUGGUUCGAUCCCUAAUAACCUCGUUAAAUUUACCAUCCGUGCGGCGCCCCUCCCGAAGAAGCUCACCGAGUUCCUGCUAGACAACCUGGCGACGCUCAAGCUGAUGGACUAUGAGCAGGGUACGGAGCGGGUGCAGUUGGCCCAGGAGAACGAGGAGUACGACGUGCAGGGCGAGAUCAUGAGGAAGCCGAGCAUCAAGCCGGAGGAGUUUUGGAGGGCGCUGGUGGAUGUGUGCAAGGAGGUUGGGGGAGAGUGGGCUGAUGUUGUGGAUAGGGUGUGGGCGUUUGGGCCGCAGCGGGUGGGCAGUUGCAUGUUGGUUGAAUCGAGGCCUGGUGUGACCUCCACUUCGAUAAUGGGUAGUUUGAAGAAGCGACAAGAGCGCGGGAAGAACCCGGGCGAUGCGAGCCAGGAACCGGAGCAUCUUGCGCGCGACUUUGACAACCAUCUUGAAGCAGGCUUCCAGCUGGCGACUUUCCAGGGCCCGCUGUGCGCGGAGCCGAUGGAGGGACUUGCCUUUUUCGUCGAAGCAGUUGAGAUUGACAGGGAGGGGAUGGAGCAGGAGAGAUUGCAUAAUCGGAUGCCGCAGGUUACUGGGGCGUUUAUCACCUCGGUACAGGGAGCGUGCCGCAAUGGCUUGCUGGACUGGUCGCCGCGGUUGAUGUUGGCAAUGUACACUUGUGAUAUCCAAGCGUCCACGGACGUGCUGGGAAAGGUGUACGGUGUUGUCGCGAAGAGGCGUGGAAGGAUUGUGUCGGAGGAGAUGAAGGAGGGCACGGAGUUCUUUUCUAUCCGGGCUCUUCUGCCGGUGGUGGAGAGUUUCGGGUUCGCUGACGAUAUCCGGAAACGUACCUCCGGAGCAGCCAGCCCGCAACUUGUUUUCAGCGGGUAUGAGUUACUCGAUCAGGAUCCCUUCUGGGUGCCCACUACGGAGGAAGAGCUGGAGGAUCUGGGCGAGAAAGCGGAUCGCAGCAAUGUCGCAAAGGCAUAUAUGGAUGCGGUGCGCGAACGCAAGGGCAUGUUUGUUGACCGGAAGAUUGUAGAGCACGCAGAGAAGCAGAGGACGCUGAAGCGGUGA